GCAAGUUUUCAUUGGCUCCUAGCCACCAGCCAAUUAAAAAAGGUAUUUUAUUAUUAGUCCUAGGCCUUCGCGGUUUAGCAAAGAACGCCUAGUCGUUUUAUUUGUUUUCGAAAUUCAGUUCGAAAUAUUGCACUCUUACGAAAAACAAAUAACACUUUUUUUACGAGAAAUAGAGGUAAGAACCUUAAAAGAACACAUCAGCUGUGCACUAAAAUGUUUUGUCUUUCAAAAUUUAGCCAAAUUACGCGGGAUUACGCGGAAAUUUGUGGAUCACGCGGAAAAAGCCAAAUUAUGCGCUUACCCACAAGCGCGUAAUUCCAGAAGCCCUGUAUAAUAAAGAUACCUAUGAAUAAGCACCUCCCCUGGAUAAUCGCCUGGCCUAAAUGUGUUGCAUUUAUAUGAAAAGGGGAACUGGACGUUGGAAGUAAAGCAACGAAAACAGAGAGUUAAAAUGGAAACUCUUUUAACGUUGUAAUGGAGAUUUGCUCCUUCGCCCUAACAGGCGCCUGGCCUUGGACACAAAUCCAGACUUAAAGGAAGGUUUUAUUAAAUUAGAAUAUUGCAAAAGAAACAAAACGAAACACAUACGCAACAAAAUGCUUAUCUUUUUUACUGAAGUCUCUUUUUCACUUUGAUUUCCUUAUAGGUGGACUCAAAAGUUACGAAUAAAAGUAAUGCAUUAAUUUAUGUGGCCUUUUUUCAUUUGUUUAUUUUUUGUAUAGUCCCUUCCCUAUUGCGUAUUGCUAACACUAGAAUAAAAAUUGAAACGAUAUUUUUACAAUAAGUAGAUUCGUUACUUUCAGAACCAAGUAAAACCAUGCAAAUAUCAUUAGAAUUACUUAUCCGUUCUUGUUUUGUUUGCAUAACUGUCGGGAUUAUCUUAAACCUUUCUGAAAAUUAGGAGAAUGAAAUUAGCUAAAUUACUUAUUCUCGAUACACACUUUAUUUGCGGAUUAGAAAUUAGCGUUUGAAAGGAGUUAUUUGUUUAGCCUGCCGAAUUGUAAUAUUGCGUCCACGUCACCUACUUAGCUCCCACUAGCCGUUAAUAAUAGAUGAAGUGCUGUGUUUCGAGUUAAAAAGAAAGUUUACUUAAGUGCUUCACUAACAACAAAACGACUUCAGUCGGUCGAUUUCGGUUGUCAAGUCAAAUUGGCGGUGUUGCCAUUCACUGUCACAAUUAAGGGAAGUGAUUGACUGCGGGCAAAAGAUGAAUAUUCUUUCAAAAAGAUUAACAGUAUACAAGUAAAAACAAUUGAGAUGAAAGAACAAGAUAUUUUUCAGUGGUUGGCAAAGCCCGACGAGUUUAGAAGAUCAAAAGUGAAAAAGCAACGGGAAGAUUUUAAAAAACUUUUAGAUCUUCACAAGCGAUUUGAGGAUCAUGCAACUAGAAUUAUUCGACAUGGUGUUGUGGAAAUCAGAGAAACGGAAAGCGGGGCACCAGCGUCUCAAGUCCCGGCUUCAACAAUUGAUCUUCUUCCAAGGAAGAAAUUCCUUAACGAUCGAGAAUACAUGAAGGAGUUAUUUUACAGAAAUGACGUUGUUGUGACAGGGCCAGAGAGUGUCAAUACUAACCCAAGAAAAGCAAACUUUCUAAGGCUACCAGUCUUAGACGGAAUCUCAUCUGAAAACAAAGCUAUUUUCUAUACAGCGUUACCGCGAAUUCCCUCGCUGAAAGUGUCCACAGUAAACGCUAGAAAGCCAAAGGAUGUUUUAAAUCGUAGAAAGAAAGUACAAAAGGACACGCAUUGGGAGGAAAAAUCGAAAAAGCUUAUUCGCGAUACUAAAAAGUGUUUGAAAGUGAUGCCAUUACUUAGCAACGGCGAGCACCCCAACAGCAUUUUUACAUCUGUUGAUGGCGGGAAUCACAUAAUCGGGUUCCCGGUGCUACCUGGGAUUGCGCCUGAAUCGAGUCAAAGCGACAUCAGAGGAGUCACUGACAUUCAAGUGUGGGUUAUCCCCUACGGCGGUCACGUGACAUUGCAGGAGAUAGGACUGAAGGGCAAAGCAGUGAAAGCCAAGGAUAAAGCUGGUUCUCGAGAUAAGCGCAAGCGUAAGACUGAUGUAGCACCGAAAUACAAGAAAAACGUGCAUUUUAGUGAGUUCUUACAUGAAGUACAUCUGUAUUCACCGGCCCCAACUAGGAGCCGUCGUAAAUAGAGUUCCUUUGAUACAGUUCAGUUUAUUAUUUUUAUGUUAGUGUAUUUUACUUACAUAAACUCUUUCUAAAAGAAUGUCCAGCCUAAUAUUUCACCAAAUAAAACGUAAAUACUCAAUUCAACCUUACUUUGAGCGUUCAUUUUUAUUCGUGGCACUGACUGUUAUUUUUUUACCUAUUGGCAUAUUAAGGAUGUUGGCUUCUUUCGGUUCCUUUUGAAAAGUUUAAAGAUGAUGGAUCGACAGAUGGAAUCUUGUGUCACUUCCGUUAACGGCACCAGUUGUCAUUUACAACACAGGGCUACCGCAUCUAAUGAGGAAUUUCUCAUGGCUCUUUGCGCGGAUUCAGAAUUUUUUCCAUAAUACUUAGCGAGUUUUGAACUGCGAUGCGCAAUAGGGCUACAUAUAGGGCAUAUCGUCGUUUGACAAAUUGUUGUCGUCAACCGGCUUUGUGACUACGCGACAAGCCCGCAUGUAAGCAAGGGUAAAGACCACCAAAGCGCCUAGCUGCACAUAUUAGCCACUGCUACCGCGUCUAAUUCUAAGGUUAUGCAGUGGCUUAUAUAUACAGCUAGUCGCUUCAGUGGUUUUUACCCAUGCUUAUGUGACCGGGUGGUAUUUUUGGUUAUUUUAGAUUUUGCAAAUAUUUUAAGUAAGCGAUUUUUGGAUUGCAAUUAUAAUUGUUUUACGUAUUUUACGGAUUGUUUCUCAAACGUGAUUCUAAUUCGAUCCGUACACGUUUAGGAAUUUACUUUCAACAUGUUUCAAAUUACUUUAGAUUAGUAUCAAUAGUUUGAUAGUGAUAAUUGACUUAAGUUUAGCGUCCUUUUACCAUUUCCCAGGAAGAUUAGUUUCUAAAUUUGACAGGACAAUGGACGCUGAGUAAUUUGAACAGUAGUAAAUGUUAGCGUCCCUAGAAAAAUGCGCGUCCCCAAGCGAGUUUAAAAGCAGCUGUUUUUACAGUAUUAGUUAGUUUUUUUAGUUUAGUACCGUUGAGCAAAGGAGACGCAUUGCUUGCGCGGCAUGAUGCGGGAGCGAGAUAUGCAGUUGCUCAGGGAAGACAGUCAGCAGAGAUAAGCUACAAGCUUAGAGCGCUGUCCGUACGGGCCUGUCAUGCCAGUUGUGUUCAGUUUGAUUUACCGGUUGUAAGUACUUUGUUUUUAAAACUAGCCUAUGGUUUAGGUUACCUAUUCUCGGGAUUUCACUAUGUUUGUUAUCACUUAAAAUGUAUUAUUUAAUUUGUUAAUAAAUCCUUAUAAGUCCA